UAAUUUCGUAUAUCGUUGCAUCCCAGGUUUUUGGAAGCUGAUGAUCUGUUAUUCGAGUUGUGCCCAUUGAUUGGUACCAUAAGCAAGUGCUUAUCUUUGUUCCUGAUAUGGCAUCUGGUGCUAUAAUGCCUUCGGCAGGUGGAAAACCUCAAACUGAUGUGAUGCUUGUCGACAAACUUCCUGAAGAAAUAAAUGAAAUGAAGAUCAGAGAUGAUAAAGCAGAAAAGGAAAUGGAAGCAGCUGUAGUUGAUGGAAAUGGAACAGAAAAAGGCCACAUCAUUGUGACAACUAUUGGGGGGAAAAAUGGUGAGCCUAAGCAGACCAUUAGUUACAUGGCCGAGCGUGUUGUUGGACAGGGUUCCUUUGGAAUUGUGUUCCAGGCCAAAUGCCUUGAAACUGGAGAAACUGUGGCAAUAAAAAAGGUUUUACAGGAUAAGAGAUACAAGAAUCGGGAAUUGCAAACAAUACGCCUUCUUGAUCAUCCUAAUGUUGUUUCACUGAGACACUGCUUCUUUUCAACCACGGAAAAGGAUGAGCUUUAUCUAAAUUUGGUUCUUGAAUAUGUACCUGAGACUGUCUACCGUGUGUUGAGGCAUUACAGCAAAGCAAACCAGCGGAUGCCUAUGAUUUAUGUCAAGCUGUAUACAUAUCAGAUUUUCAGAGCUUUGGCUUACAUACACGGUAUAGGAGUCUGCCACAGGGACAUCAAGCCUCAGAAUUUACUGGUCAACCCACACACUCACCAGCUUAAGCUCUGUGAUUUUGGGAGUGCAAAAGUUCUGGUCAAAGGCGAGCCAAAUAUUUCAUAUAUUUGCUCUCGUUACUAUCGUGCGCCUGAACUUAUAUUUGGAGCAACUGAAUACACAUUUGCUAUUGACAUUUGGUCUGUGGGUUGCGUCCUUGCUGAACUGCUUCUUGGGCAGCCCCUCUUUCCUGGUGAGAGUGGAGUUGAUCAGCUUGUUGAAAUAAUCAAGGUUCUUGGAACACCAACUCGGGAGGAAAUUAAGUGUAUGAAUCCAAAUUACACAGAGUUCAAAUUCCCACAGAUCAAAGCUCACCCUUGGCACAAAAUUUUUCAUAAGCGGAUGCCUCCUGAAGCUGUGGAUCUUGUGUCAAGGCUUCUCCAGUAUUCUCCAAAUUUGAGGUCCACUGCACUGGAGGCUUGCACCCACACUUUCUUUGAUGAGCUCCGUGACCCUAAGACUCGUCUCCCUAAUGGUCGACCAUUGCCACCUCUUUUCAACUUCAGGCCUCAAGAGUUGAAAGGAGCAUCUGCAGAGCUCUUAAACAAACUGAUACCAGAACAUGCUAAGAAGCAGUGUACCUCCCUUGGUUUCUAAACUUUGUGAAUGUUAUGUAUCUCUAGUAUACUUAUUUGCAACCACUUUGUUUAUUAUCUACUGUGGCACAAACUGUUUGACAUCUCUUCCUUUCCAUGAGAAGUGUUGACUGAAAAACACGUUGUGAAA